AUCCAUGUACAGGGUUAUUAGGUUCAGAAGUGCACAGAACAAGGCCACAACUUGACCACGAUCACUGAUUAUUAUCCCAAGAACUACAAGUCCCAGUUUAGAACCUCAAACUUUACCUUGCGGUAGCGCUGACCUCCCGCGCAGGCGUACAAGGGGCAUUGGGAUAUCAAGUUGGCCAAACAGAGGGUGAUAAAAUGCAUAAGCUGAAGUCGUCUCAAAAGGACAAGGUUCGUCAGUUCAUGACCUUUACUCAGUCUGGGGAGAGGACAGCUGUGUACUGCCUGACCCAGAAUGACUGGAAACUAGAGGUGGCCACAGACAACUACUUCCAGAACCCCGACCUCUACUAUAAAGAAUCCAUGAAAACUUCUGUGGACCGCAAGAAGCUAGAACAGCUCUACAACCGAUACAAAGACCCCCAGGAUGACAAUAAGAUCGGUAUUGAUGGGAUCCAGCAGUUCUGUGAUGACCUCACCCUGGACCCGGCCAGUAGGAGUGUUCUGGUGGUGGCCUGGAAGUUCCGUGCCGCCACACAGUGUGAGUUCAGCAGGAAGGAGUUCCUCGACGGCAUGGCCGAGCUGGGCUGUGACAGUCCAGAGAAGCUGAAGGCUCUGCUCCCCAGACUAGAACAGGAAGUCAAAGACACGGCCAAGUUUAAAGACUUCUAUCAGUUCACCUUCAACUUCGCCAAGAACCCUGGACAGAAGGGACUAGACCUGGAGAUGGCUGUGGCCUACUGGAACCUGGUUCUAACUGGUCGAUUCAAGUUCCUGGACCUCUGGAACAGGUUUCUAUUGGAGCAUCAUAAGCGGUCGAUCCCCAAAGACACGUGGAACCUGCUACUGGACUUUGGCAACAUGAUCGCAGACGACAUGUCCAACUACGACGAGGAAGGAGCUUGGCCUGUCCUCAUAGACGACUUUGUGGAAUUUGCCCGGCCAAUCGUGACAGGGGGCAAGCGUAAAACCAUAUAGGUCAUACCCAGUUCCCAGCAGGGGCUGACGAUUUUAUACACACCAGCCAAAAAGAGACUUCUAUAAGACUGUCCAAGUUUGUGAGACUGAGCUGCCAAUCAGGGGCCGGGGAGCGACAUGACAGCCAAUCGGAGAGAAGGAAAACAACAACAGGAAGAGGAAGUUAUCUUUUUCUUUGUUUUGGGACUGAGUCACUCCGGGAGGCGGGCUGUUAGCAGGGGGUGGGAUCGUCGCGGAGCUAUGAGCUCCGCUCCCAUUGGCUGGCUGGAUCAGACUGAUCGGCCAACGACUACAGUACCCAUACACCAGCCACCAUCAGAUCAGUGGGCGUGUCUAUAGAUUCUAGAACUGGUGCUCUGGUCCCACCCCCCCUAGCUGCAGCCCCCCCCCAACCCCGCCCCCUCCUUACUAAAGAACGACUAGGGAGAGCAAACAGAACGGCAGAGAGGGGCGGACGGUUUGCUCUCUGCAGCAGACAGACAGAAUGGUGUGAUAUUUGAUCCAGUGGAGGCUGCUGAGAGGAGGACGGUUUGCUCUCUGCAGCAGACAGACAGAAUGGUGUGAUAUUUGAUCCAGUGGAGGCUGCUGAGAGGAGGACGGCUCAUAAUAAUGUCUGGAAUGGAACGGCAUCAAACACAUGGAAACCAUGUGUUUGACGUAUUUGAUACCAUUCCACUGAUUCAGAUCCAGUCAUUACCACGAACCUGUCCUCCCCAACUAAGGUGUCACCGGCCUCCUGUGGUCUGAACCCACAGUAGUAAGACGAGUCCUCUCUGCCGGCCCAUGGUGGAUGAAGGAGGAGCUUGGAGGUUCUGCAUGUGUUUCUGGUUGAGCGUUAAGCGGCUGGACGGAGGAACAACAACAACUUUUUUUUUUUUAAAUAUGAUUAUCAUUGAGUUUCUUCUCAUCGAAUCAGAGGUGAGGGGUGUGGUCGUCAUCCAAUGUUCUCAUCCAAUCCAACGUCAGUGUAAUGUUCAUGCUUCCAUUCCAUUUCUAAAGUGUAAAAGUUGGGUCAGUUUUGUUGUUAAUAUGUGUGAGGUUCAGGGGUCUAUAUCCACAAAGCGUCUGAGAGUACGAGUGCUGACCUGGGAUCAGUUUAGCCUUUUAGAUAAUAAUGAAUACUAGUGAGGACCAGAUCCGAGUGCUGAUCUGGGAUCAGUUUAGCCUUUUAGAUAAUAAUGAAUACUAGUGAGGACCAGAUCCUAGUGCUGAUCUGGGAUCAGGUUAGCCUUUUAGAUAAUAAUGAAUACUAGAGAGGACCAGAUCCUAGUGCUGGUCUGGGAUCAGGUUAGCCUUUUAGAUAAUAAUGAAUACUAGUGAGGACCAGAUCCGAGUGCUGACCUGGGAUCAGUUUAGCCUUUUAGAUAAUAAUGAAUACUAGUGAGGACCAGAUCCUAGUGCUGGUCUGGGAUCAGGUUAGCCUUUUGGAUCAUAAUGAAUACUAGAGAGGACCAGAUCCUAGUGCUGAUCUGGGAUCAGGUUAACCUUUUAGAUAAUAAUGAAUACUAGAGAGGACCGGAUCCUAGUGCUGAUCUGGGAUCAGGUUAACCUUUUAGAUAAUAAUGAAUACUAGAGAGGACCGGAUCCGAGUGCUGAUCUGGGAUCAGGUUAACCUUUUAGCUCAUAGUGAGUGAGAGGACCAGAGAGGACCUACUCUGAGACGCUUUAGGAAUACAGGCCCAGUUCAGAUCCACUUUGGUAUUCAGAUAGAACCGGACCGACCGACAGAGCAGCAUGCUUUAAAGCUCAACACCAGCAGAAGUACUAUGGCUACAGCUGGAACAGACUGUGACCAUAGGAUUCAUGUAUAGAUAUACCAUUUUAGAAUAAUGAAUAUGAUACAAUAUAAAGAAGACACGAUGACAUUUAUAAUCGUGAGAGAGAGGAAGGAGUAUUUGAAAUACGUACGAGGUCCACAGAUUUCUAGGCCGUGUCCCAAACUGUACCCUAUUCCCUGUGUAGUACUGGUCAAAAAGUAGUGCACUAUAUAGGGAACAGGUUUGCCCAUUUGGGAUGCGCCACGUCUCCAAGCUUUCUGUUUGAUUUGAGUUAGUUUGUUUGGGGUGUAACUGUUCACAUCACCAGAGACCUUGACUGUUGGUCUGGCUAGUUAUUUUAUUUUCACAAGCAACGCACAGGAAGUUGAAUCUAUGAAUCGUAUUCAGUCUACAACUCUGUAUAUAGUUGAAUCUACGAAUCGUAUUCAGUCUAUAACACUGUUCAUAGUUGAAUCUAUGAAUCAUAUUCAGUCUAUAACACUGUAUAUAGUUCAUAGUUGAAUCUAUGAAUCAUAUUCAGUCUAUAACACUGUUCAUAGUUGAAUCUAUGAAUCAUAUUCAGUCUAUAACACUGUAUAUAGUUCAUAGUUGAAUCUAUGAAUCAUAUUCAGUCUAUAACACUGUAUAUAGUUCAUAGUUGAAUCUAUGAAUCAUAUUCAGUCUAUAACACUGUAUAUAGUUCAUAGUUGAAUCUAUGAAUCAUAUUCAGUCUACAACUCUGUAUAUAGUUCAUAGUUGAAUCUAUGAAUCAUAUUCAGUCUACAGCACUGUAUAUAGUUCAUAGUUGAAUCUAUGAAUCAUAUUCAGUCUACAACACUGUAUAUAGUUCAUAGUUGAAUCAUAUCAUCAGUCUACAGCACUGUAUAUAGUUCAUAGUUGAAUCUAUGAAUCAUAUUCAGUCUACAGCACUGUAUAUAGUUCAUAGUUGAAUCUAUGAAUCAUAUUCAGUCUACAGCACUGUAUGUAGUUGAAUCUAUGAAUCAUAUUCAGUCUACAGCACUGUAUGUAGUUGAAUCUAUGAAUCGUAUUCAGUCUACAGCACUGUAUGUAGUUGAAUCUAUGAAUCGUAUUCAGUCUACAGCAGCAGUUUAAAUCAAGUCUAAUGUUAUUGGUCACAUACACGUGUUUAGCAGAUGUUAUUGCAGGUGCAGCGAAAUGCUUGUCAACACACCCCAGUUCUUUGUUUUUAAGCCGUUUCAGUUGUUUGUGUUGUUUUGGUUGGUCGUCAUGGGUUACUGCUAGCCAGCCCAGUGACGUGAAUGUUACAGUACAUCAUCAGACCAGACUGAGACACGUCUACUACACACACACACACACACACACACACACACACACACACACACACUCUGUGUGGUUAUAGUACAUCAUCAGACCAGACUGAGACACGUCUACUACACACACACACACACACACACUCACACUCUGUGUGGUUAUAGUACAUCAUCAGACCAGACUGAGACACGUCUACUACUAGACACACACACACACACACACACACACACACACACACACACACACACACUCACACUCUGUGUGGUUAUAGUACAUCAUCAAACCAGACUGAGACACGUCUAGUAGCUACUUCAUACACAUACACACACACACACACACACUCUCUCUGUGUGGUUAUAGUACAUCAUCAUGUCUACUAGCUACUACACACACACACACACACACACACACAUCUCUCAGUAACAUCCUCUGCCGCAGCAGGUAACAGGAGUUCUGCUUCAUUCUCUGGAAAUGUUCCUGAGAUUAUGGGCUGCGCCUCGUCUGUCUCCCAAAUGGCACCUUAACGUUGUGCACUAUGUAGGGAAUAGGGUGCUAUUUGGGAGGUAUGUUUUAAGUUACACUUGUUAUGCCAUCUGGGGGGGGGGUGUAAUGAAAACAUUCUGUCCAGUGUUGACGUGUAUCGACAGGAGAAGACAGAGACUAUGGAAGAGAGAGAGAGAGAGAGACGUCCUCUCUGAACUCCCUACACUACGGUACGCGCUGAGAGAGUGUCCAACGUGUUGACUGUCUGAGCUUUACUCAUAUUCGGUAUUAUUUUCACUGGGAGAAAAAUCAUUUAAAACAUUCGUCAUCGUUCUGCUACGGAGACGUUCUUCAUGACUUUGUUUUGAACAACAGAAGGUCCCGUCAAUAAAGCAUGUUGUUUUUUAAA